UAUCCUUAAACGUCCAUAACGCUCACCGUCUAUAGUUUUGAUAUUUUUCAAAAUAGCUACUAACAGGAUUUCUUUCGUCCAAUGAACCAAUCAGAGUAUGAACAGCUGACUUUCUUCGUCACCCAUUGAUUCAAUUAUUUGAAAGAACCAAACCAAUGAAUAUGACUCUGCCUUAACCUAAAAUAUAACUGAAAUUGUAAAGACAAAAUAAAAAAAAUACUGUUCAGAAAUAUUGUUAAAUUCUUUAAAAAUAACUUAUUGAGUUAAAAUUAUGGAACGAAAUUUAGAAAUCAUAAACUGGUUGAGGAAAAUGGGUUACGACGGUGAGAUUCCAGAAACUUUGGGAAAUUUGUCUAAUAACUCCACUUCCUUUAUAUGGGACCAAUUAUUAGAGAACGCCAAACCAAGACAACAAGUUGCUGAUAUUCGAAACAAUAUCCUUAUACAUAGGCUUAAUAGUAAACCUUUGGAUAAACAGGGGGACUUUACCUUUCCUGUAAAAGAAAUAGAUUUGUAUUUGAAAAAAUCAUCUCUAGAAGAUAAAUCGAAAACAAAGCAGUUCUUAUUAGAUGAAAAAAAAACGUUGGAUCAUGAUUUGUACCAAAAAAUCAAGUUGAAAUGUAUCACUAUGGAAAAACUGAAGGCAAAAAUUAAAGAAAAUGAAGAACGAGAGUUUUUGUUACAGAAGAAACUCAUGUUGUUGGAAAAGGAUGUCCAACAGGCUGAAGAUAUGCUCAACUUUUUAGGAAAUUUAACUCCGGUUGAGUUGGAUGUUAAGCCAAACACUAUAGAAAUAACACAAACCUUAGAAGAGUGUGCCGAAAAGUUAGAGGAACUUCUCCACAAAUACCCGAUCCCCACAAAGAAGCUAGCGAAUCAUGAAGCCAGCAAGGCGUGUUACUCUUCCCAAAAAUCAACAGCAUAUCCUUCAGUUCUUGAAAAAUACCUCACGCUGACUGAAAAAAAAACAUCGAAACACCUAAUCAGUGCUAGAAAAGUAUUUCCCAGUCACAACAAGGAGAACAUCGCUUUGAACAAAGUCACCAAGUGUCUGUUUGCAGAGGAAGAAGAACCUAAGCGCAAUAAACCCCAAGAGAUCAGAUCCAAUCCUAGAGAGUCUUUGGGGCUCUUGCCUGAUUCCUGUUUCGGUGAUUAUUUCAUGAUGGGAGAUCUAGUGUCUUCAGAGAAUCCAUUCUCGCCAUCUCUUCAAACUUUGCAAAGAGUCGACUUGAACUCUCCGCUUCUGAUGAACCGAACAAGGAAUGAUUUUAAAGGAAAGGAGCAAGAUCUGAAGAAAGAAUUCCUGGAUAGACUGUAUGGAAGCGAGGUUGUUACAGAGAGAUUAUCGGAGUUGAUCCAUAAGAAUAACAGAAGUAUUGUAUGGAAUACAUUUCAGAGUUUGGACGAUAAUCUGCACUUGGAUAUCGGCAAGUAUCUGGUUUUGGAGAGUUCGAAAAAAGCAAACCACAAAGGGAUAGACAGUGAUGACAUUAGCAAGCUGCAAUUCCUCCACGUCCAGACCGAAUUGCAAAUAUUGAAACACAACGCAAUUUCCAAACACCUCGCUCAGAAUAUUGAAAAGAAAAAAGCAAACGUUUACGUCUCCAUAACCUCGAAGGGCUUUUCAGUGGACAAAACAGAGGAUAUCAAAAGGUCAUUUGAACAACACUUUGAAGACGCAAGUUUAGAAGCCACUCUCUCUGCGAUGAAACGUGAAAUAGGGAAUGCCAAAAAUGCAAAAGACAAAAUCGACUUGCAACUUGUGUCGAGAAAAUUGUCGCAAACGAAGGAAAAUAUUGGUUUGAAAAUCAGUUCGAUUCAAGAAUUCAUUGAUCUUAUUGGGGACAUCCUGACGUCGAUCGAUCACACCCGUGAUACUGCGAUUGCCUGCGUCCGCAAACUCAUUCCCUUCAUCGGAGACAUGGAGUGGUCCACCACGUUGAAAGAAAACGUUUGCUCUGGUGAGAUUCGAACUUUCGAAAACUUUCCUCUGGAGUUCAACAGGAGAUGCAUACACACAGAAUCGACCUCUCCUAUUUACUACCGAGACUUGUGUACCGACAAUUUGGCUGCGGAUUUGGAAAUCGAUGAUGGUAACCUCUGUAUGUUGACGGAGAUACUAGAAAGUCCGUUCAGUUUUCCUGAAACAAUCGUACUGAACAUCUUGAGGGCCAAACUGAAGCUGGACGUAUUGAAGUCCACGAAAUAUCCUUCGAAAAGUGCAUCAUUCAAAAGAUAUUCUUUUGAAGAGCUGCAUCAUCAAGAGAGCUACAUAAACUUCGCCCUAGAUAGAUUUAACUCGCUGAUUCACUCAUCGUCUUCAGAAAAAACUCUCUCUUCUGCAGAGGUUGCCAAGAAAGUAAUGGAUUUAUGGCUCGAGAUGCCCUUCAAAGAUUUCAUCCCGUCUACCAGAAUGGUGGAAGAGAAAAACUACACUUUCUAUGAAAAUAAGUUUGAUAGCUUCUACAACAAUUUAUGAUAAGAUUUAAUUUAUUUGGAAAUAAUUGUGAAA